AACAAGAUUUGUAAGAACAAGAUUCCCCAGAGAAGUGAUCUCACUCCUGUACAGCACCAAGCUCAACACAGCGGAAGGACCACAGCACUUUCGGGUGAUGCACAGCCAGCAGGUAAAGACCUGCAGGUUGUGCAUGAGCCCGGAGCAUAUGGUGAAAGACUGUCCGGAGUUUAGGUGCUAUAAAUGCGAUGAGAGGGGACACUUUGCGAGGGACUGCAAAGCGGUGAAGUGCCCAGAUUGCGAGGAGGUGCUCAACAAGUGUGAAUGCUGGAUGGAAAAUGAGGAAGAGGAGGAAGAAGGUGUGAGCGGGCAGAUGGAUGAAGGAGACAGCGAAAAGGGGCAAGAGGAUGGAACCAUGACAACACAGGUUAAUGGAACUAAAGAAAAUAAGGACAAAGGAGAACAGAGUGAAGAAAGUAACAUACAGAAAGAGCAAGCACAACAAGGGGGAGAAGCGGAUAUGCAAAUGGACAUUCUUCAGACUGUUGAAAAAAUUUUGGACAGAAUAGAACAUCAAAGGAUUGUGAAUGAAGAACAGACUGUUGAGAUGGGCAGUGAAGAGGAAAAGGAGGACAAAGUUGGGAAACAAAUGAAAAGAAGAAGAUCAAUCAAGGUAAAACCAAGCUUGGCUGGGGCAAGGAAAAAGGUAGUUAAAGAGGACUCAUUGAAAAAUGUAAACAGAUAUGAACUGUUAAAGGACUUGGGGGAGAUAGAAUGAUAAUUGAUGGGUUUGAUAUAUAU